CUUUUUCUUUGUCGUUCGGCUUUUUCUUGGUUUAACAUCGAUCUUUUCGGUCCAUGUUCACUCUGACGGAUCUUGUUUAGCAACUGGAAGUCUUGCUCAAGUUGAACUCGUUUUAGAAAAAAAGAAAAGAUUACUCAAUACUGUAAAGAAUACCCCUUCUCUCCGAAAACAAAGAACCCAAGAACUGCAAAAAUUAAUUACUUCUUACCCAUCAAGACCGGUACUUGUUUGA